AAGCUGCAUAACUUCUACCUCGUACCACUUCUCGGUCUAUAACAACUGCCUAGUAACCCGUAUUGUUCACCUCCUGGUGAAGCAAGCACAGCGCUAGAACUGUGGUACUACAACAUCUGGCUGCAAUCCACCACUCACAAUAUUCGAGCCCAUCAAAUUGCGUCACUUCUUCAUAAAGUUCAAAAAUCAGCAUCAAGAUGGCCACGUCUUUUCGCGGUCUCUGGAUUUUUCGUGCAGACAGCGAAGUAAAGCUGAUACUAAGUCGCCGCUUUCCGACCGUGGAGAGCGCUGUGCGGAGAAAUUCGACCACGACAGACGGACCUCCCUAUCAGCCCGUGCCUUCCGACGAAACGAUUUCGCUCGCUUUCCUAUUAAACGUUUGCAAAGGGAGGGACGCAAAACCAGGAGAUCGUGAAGAGAAUCUUCUUCGGGAUGGUACUGAAAUGCAAGAGACGGGAACCCAAAAGCAGCAGAAGACCCCAGCAAAGAGUUGGAACUUACCUGCGCCAUUCGAUCUGGAGUUCGAACAUUAAGGCACAAAUAGUAAGAACUACAGGUCAACAAUUACUACAGAGAACUACCACCUAGUAAGUUAAAGUUGUAGUCAAUAAAGCUUCAAUUGUCAUUGUAAUUGUUGCUUCCCGAAAGAAAAUCAAAGAAAGCCUCUAAAGACCAGAGGCAAUGGCGUUGACCUGGAAACCUGCUCAAGAGCGACGCCAAGAAAAGGACUGGCCGCUAGGUCCGGUCUGUGGUUUAAACUCUUAUGAUAUACAUAGAUCCUUGUGGAACCACGAGAGCAGGAGUGCGCUAGACCAGGAACUUGUACUCCAGAUAUUCUUGUUGAUCUUGACUCGUAUUGACUUUAGUACUAGUAUUACUUCUAAAAACAUCAACCAGAAUCAGAAACUCAUAACCGAGCAGCAGGUAAUCAGCACCAUGAUUACUCGUCUGCUUCCACCUCCAACCAUUUGUGGCCUUGUGUUUUCCUUGCGAAGAGAGGUUUCUAUCUACUUGCUGCAGUCGCCCUUCCGCCAUCACACUCACACAGCAAAAAUGGAAACGCAAGCAGCAAUGCAGGUCGCAGACUUGCCGUCGAUUUGCCUGAGAUAACUGCCGCAUUUGCUGUGCUAGAGGAUAUUACUAAGACGUCGACCGUUAAUGCUAAAACUAAUGCAGCUGCUGCAUUCUCAGUAAUGCAUCCUCAGGCUCAGCAUCUCCUAUCAUCCUCGGCUCUUCUUCUGCUUGAAAAAGAAGACAAGUGGCAAGGAUCAUGCUAGUAAGGAUGCUAUCAGUUUGUAAGUGCAGGUGGAUAGAAGGAUAGAACAGGUCCCAAUCGUCUCCAUUUUGUGAACCCAUGAGGUGGACGAUGGUGGUACCAAUCGUCCUCAUUUUGUGGCUCCCUAGUGGGGUUUAGUGGAGGCCCACUGGGGUUUCUUGGUUUCUUGAGUUUUUUUUAUGUUAGAGACAGGAAGCACCAUGGUCUCCAAGUUACAGUGGAGGUAGUAGUCAAACUGGAAGCUCUAACGUUAGCAGUUUCCUAGCCCCUGACUUGUCCAUUACGGACGCAGGUGCCAUUGCAGAGUUGCAGUAUAAGGUGAAAUGUGCGCUUCCCUUCGGUUCUCCCGUGAACAGUAAAAGCGCAGGACCGACUGGUAGUAAUUAAGGCUGCUCAUUGUUGUAUUAACAUUUGUAAGAUCAUUAACAUCAAAUUUAUUGUAUUGCUCUUCGAGUUUCGAGUUCUUAAAACUCUCAGCGCCCGCUAAGGCGGGCGCGAGUUCUUAAAGUUAAAAUUCACAGUAAAGGUAAGCUUCUUAGACUCUAAGGCCAACUCGAUCACUGUACUUCAUUUCCGAUUUGUUCUUCGUAGGUCAUUUUUCUCUGUCACGACUUUCGUGCCGGAAUACAAUGAGAAGAGGAAAUGAAUUGAUCAUAUUGAAGAUAUUAUGAAUGAGAACGAGAAUUGUUUUAAAAAGCACCAGCUCUAAUGUAAAAAUGCUAAAACAUCUUCAACAUCUGGGAAGCACCAGCGACUUUCAUUCGAUAGCCUUGGCCUUGCAAAGCAAGGAUCUUCAGCGUCGGAGCCUACUCAGCGCGUGCCUGCCUGGAAGCCGUUUGUGGUGGGAGACUCUGUCUCGAGAAGAAAGCGCGGCGAGCAAGAGCAGGGGAACGGAGCAACCUCAGGUUGCUCUCACAAUGAUCCGCAUGCGGGCUCUUCGAGUGGCUCGGGUCGAGCAGGAGGCGUCAUGCUUUCCAUCGUGGAGACCAUACAUUGUGCCAUGUACGGCGCUCAACACGAAGAUGAGUGUUUUGUGACUGGCACCGUUUACUGUUCAGCAACGGAUCUACCAGGUUUUCCGGAAGUUUCCGUUCCUUUAGCCUUUCCGGAAGUGUCAGGAGUAUCCACAGGAUCUACAACAGAAUCGAGCUCACCCUCUUCUUAAGGCUUCGAGUUCACCCUCUUCUUAAGCGGCCUUGAUACAAUUCAUUCUUCUCUUAUACAGUCAUUUCUUCAGUAGGAGCAGCGAGCUCGCCCUCUUCUUAAGCGGCCUCGUUGAUACAAUGAAUUCUCUUCUCUCAAUACAGUCAUUUAGAUUUUCUUUAUUUUCUAGCCCCAUCGUCGACAGGAUUCGUCUUUUUGCCUCUUGGGGUUCUGAAGGAAUGAAGGAAAGAAAGUGCGCCUUGCUUUGGCGCCCUUAUGGCAGUCUGCGCUCAACUUUGUGCGAUAUUUAUUGCAUUGCAUUGAGUUCUAAUCGUCUUGUUCGACAACGCUGGCAAACUCUACUUCUUCGGUAACAUCGAACAAGGGUUCCUGCGGAGAUAAAACCGGCGCACCGCGAAUUACAGUGUACAACUGCGCUCAGCUUCAUCACGAACGAGGCACAACGCGAGUCAGCGUCAUCCCACCAUCGACGCCAUUCGUGCUGUGCAGAUUUAUGAAGCUAUUUUUUUUUUGAGAAGCAGCUUGGCCACACGUAAUUAUUGCCAAAUUGAUCUUGAUUCAAGUCAGCAUCAGAUGGGACAAGUAAUCGAAAACUGGAAAUGACCUGGUUACUGACUGAAAUACGGGACGUAACUCUUAAAGGCUACUCUUCCUUGUUCAGUAUCUCGGUUAUUCUGAUCAGCUACUUGCUUACUUAUUUAGGUUAUCGAGGCUCAGUUGUACCUUGAUCUUCGUGAGGUGAGCUCUAACCAAUACCGCUUCGCCCAGUUGCCACGCGCACCAGUUCGAGGAUUUUACCAGGUCAAGGAGAUUUCACCAAUUUAGACCAGGAUUUUCCUCGUUGCACGACCUUGCAUUUUUUUCGUUUUUGGCUAGCCUAAGGAGGCCCAAUUCUCUAUGGACCGACGUCGCCACUCCGCUAGCCUCGCAGUGGACCCGCUGAGCCGGAGCCCCUCGUCUGGGAUGGCAACCUGUGGACUUCGUAGGCGUCCCAGGAGGAGCCGCUUCGCUUCGGAGGCUCUGGUCUGGGAGGCUUAGGAGGGGGUCAAAAGGGGAGGCAAAAAGGGCCCACUUUGACCCCCCAAACGAGGGGGUACAGCAGGCAACACUUUUGGCCCCAAAAGUGUCGCCUGCUGUACCCCCCCAGGCCCCCUAAAGUGGGGCCGUUUUAAUGCCGAAAAAAGUGUCGACAUUUUAUUUUCAAAAAUGGGGUGCAAAAUGACCCCCAUUUUUGUCGCCUCUUUUUUUUUCAAAAUGGGCCCGUUUUGCGUACCCCGUGGUUGGCUCCGCCGUUUGGUCUAGGUUUGCCAUCAUUCAUGGCGGGACGGAUCGCCUUGGGAGGUGCUCCGCUGUCGAUAUCGACGGCGCCGAAGGCCCAUGGUCGCGCAGCGUCCAAGGCGUAGGGGAGUUCGCCAGGCCUUGCCACUAGCGGCAUUUUUGAAAAAAAAGCAAGGUUGUGCAACGAGAAAAAUCCUGGUCUAACCAAUGGACGUUCGUCUACUUUUGCGUCUAGAGUUCUCGCCUGGGCUGUUCUUCGAUAAAUCCGAUAAUUUUGGAGCUAGUACUGGACCGGGAUCUUCGACUAUUAUGAGAUGAGAGAGUAGUACUAGUUUGUCAAUAGGCGGACUACGACUAGCAACCGGUAGCAGGCCGUGUCGUGAAGAAGGUCGUGAGAUUGAAUAUUGGAUAAUUUCAAUUGGUAUCCUGAACAAAUAGAGUUAGAAGUUGUACCUGGACCCGAUGUUACAUUUUGAGUUCUUGAAGCAGGACUUGCACACGUCAGCACGGGCAGAAGCAAUCAAGUUUUUUGAAUUUUAGUCAUUGAUAACAAGGAACCACAACUACGGGACUUACCACAUGAAGAUCAAUCUCACGACGCAUCCAGAAGCCUGCAAAAUGUCCAUCCAUUUCGCUAAGUCAAGGGAUCAUAACGCUGGAGGCGGUAGCUCAGGACUGUCAGGAGGCUCCUCGAAUAAAGGGAUUAUGCAAGUCAGAUUGUCCUUCCUUUCCAGGAUCAAGAAGGAGAGCUUGCAAAGUAGCUGCCAUCUGACUCCUUCUGGUUAAGGCUGGGCACUAGCAUCCUGCUUAGGUCUAAUCAUGGUAAAGUAAAUGUAAAUUUGAUGACUCUAAGAAGAAUGAUAGUAAAGUAAAUGUAAAUUUGAUGACUCUAAGAAGUUGAAGUACUAGGUUUUUGAGAAAAGUAGAAUACCCAAGUAGCUGCAGCAACUUCUAGUUUCCUACGUUUUUUUAACUAGCAUGACGUUUGUUCUUUGAGCUUCAGAUACGGAUGACCUAGUGGGAGUUCUAAGCCAUUACAGAAGAUUCAGGUGAGGAAGAGCAGAAGGGUGGUAGUUUUUCGAUUACCGACAGUCGACGCGUCAUUGUUUGGACUGUACGACCUCCCAAAAAGCGAAACGCGGAGACGAGUCAGGUUAUGGAGGACAUGUCUAGAGCUACCGCAUCAGAGGACUCAGAAACAACUAAAUAAAAGACAUUCGUAAAUAAACAUUUUUUAAAUACUUCUACGUACCUACUAAUUAAAAAUACUUCUACCUUCUGUUCUAGACAACUAAAUAUAAUACUUCUACCUACAACUAACAGUACUAGCAGUACGAAUUACGGCGGCACAGAUUUCUGUCAGCUAGCACGUGCGUCGUUGAUUGGCGAGUUAUCGUUUGAGAGUCCCUCAGACCGACCUGAACGCUCUUCCCAAGGCAGAAAGCAUGGAACUCAGCGUGAUGGAAAAGAAAGACUCGACUCGUUCGACGAUUUCCAUGUUGGAAGUCAUGCUGCUAUGGCUUGUUAUUUGGCUACUUUUAGUAUAAUAUCGUCAUUGAUUGAUAAAAUGAUAGAAGUUUCUAUUCAUUAGAAGCAAGUCAAAAAUAGAAGAAGAAUUGGAAGUUUCUAUUCAUUAGAAGCAAGUCGCCUCCUGAAAUUGGUGGGUAAUCUUAUCUAGAAUCUGGUAUGUAACACUCUGAUAUUUGAGCGCGGCAAGCGGAAGCGCAACAAGGUCACAUGUGAUACUAAAGCUAGUACUAGCUGCUUGAGUACAACUAGAAAACUAUGGCAUAGUAUGAUAUAUAUUACUCGAAGAGGCUCAUCUAUAGGACCGCAAUGAGUACUCAACUCAAAUCGUCACUCUACAUCAAGUUGUUGUCUUCAGGUGGUCACACUCAUAGGGGUUCAUGUUCAUCUUCAGAUUGCGAUUAUUUAGCGUCUCUUCUAAUUCAUGUGACCAUGGGUCAGCGUCCGGAGGACGCGAAGUGCGCGAUCGAAUCGUCCACGACCAUAGGGAUACUCAAGACCAGAGCUCUUUUCCUUUCUCAACUUUAAGACGCGGGGGUGGUAGUGGGGCUAGUGGUCGUCAAGCAAGGCCUUAUCUGGAAUCAAACAAGGGUGUUCUAGCAUCAUCUGUUCAGCACCACGAUGAGCAGCACAGCAUCCGUGGCUUAUACUGCGAAGUGUUCCUGAAAAUUCCAGGUGCAACGUUUUCAGGCCUGAAAAUCGAUCCGGAGGCCAUUUCUGUCUAUCCACCUCUCCCCGAUGCCAGUAUUAGCGUAAGGCGAGAGGCGCUUGCUGGUCGAUACAUCAUAUUUAUGGGCAACAGGAGAUUUAUUCGUCUUGUGGUCUAGGUUUACUGGAAUUUGUGGCAAUUUUGUUAGUGAUCAAUCAAAAGUAUCGAACUGUAAAAAUUCGUUCAUGACACACUUCUAACCUUCGGAACGCUGCUGAUGAAGCAAUUAAGGGGCGAACCCCUUUGGACAAGUGAGAGUGACGCUACGCGGGCACAAGAAAAUGCUGUUGCCUCUGACUACAACUAAUUAGAUAGAGUCGCUUAUUUAUCCAUCGUAUGAUUGUUAUCAUGAAGAUGGAAUCCUCGUCUUGGUGCUAUGCGAUUACUUGAGUGCUAGUGAAAACUGCGCUAAGAUGAAGACAAUGUGAGAUUAUGUGUCGUCAAUUAGGAAUGCCAUUGCAAGUCGUGUUGAGCGAUGCUAGUAUGGCAUUACCAUUUGGUUGGAGACUGCGUAUGGUCAUCGGAGCAGCAGUGAAUGCUAAUGCUAUCAACUACUGCGAGGUGCGACAAACGCUUUAAAAAGUGAACGCAGAAAAAUGCAGUGAAG